AUGCCGCCCGAGCGCCGCGCGGCCCUGCUGGCACUGGCGGGCGUGACGCCGGAGCAGGCUGCGGCAGCGGCGGCCGCACCACCCGCGCCACGACUCUCCAAGGGAUGGCCCUUCCCUUCCAACCUGCCGCCACGGGAGCGGCUCGUGCAAUACCUGGGAGGCCUGCACCAGGAGCAGCUGGAGGGGCAGCAGCAGGCGGCGCAGCAGCAGGCGCAGCCGCCGCAGCAGGCGCAGCCGCCGCAGGUUCAGCCGCCGCAGCAGGCGCCGCAGCAGGAGCAGCAGACACAGGCGCCCGUUUGCCAGCAGGCGCAGGCGCGGCCGCGGGAAGGGAAGGCGGGGAGGCCGCCGCCGCAGCAACAGCAGCCACGGCCCAUACUUCUGGAGCUGCUGCAGCAGAGCCGCACUUUCCAGUCGCCAGACUGUGCAGAUGCCAUGGCCGAGGAGCUGGGGGUUGGGGACCUGCACCGCAGCCUGCGGGGAUCCCUCCUGCCCGCCCACCAGGCCAGCGAGGAGGCGGUGGCGGCGGCGCGGCAGGCGCUGCGCGCGGCGCUGCGCGCAGCGUGGAGCGGUGAGGCGCUGAGGCGCGGCGUGGCGCUGGCCAAGUGCGGCGACCUGCAGGCCGCGCUGCCCUGCUACGGCCAGGCUCUGGAUCUAGACCCCGGCAGCGCCGACGCCCUGGUGGCGCGGGGGGCUGCCCACGCCAACCUGGAGCAGUGGCAGCUGGCCUCGGGUGGGCUUGAGGCGGGGAGGUGGUGGGAGGGGUGGGAUGACCUGGAAGCUGCCCUGCAGCUGCAGCCGCAGCACCCCAACGCUGCCGAGUAUCUUGCGGCGGUACAAGCCAAGGCACGGGCCAGCGGGACGCGCCUGCUGGCCCUGGCCGCCAGCCACCAGCAGGCAGCCGCGCAGCGGCAGGAACAGGCGGGCGACGCCGCAGGGGCGCGGCAGGCGCAGCAGCGGAGGGGCGGCACGGAUGGCGCCGCCGGCGAGUACCGCGGAGCUGCGGCGCAGCAGCAGUGGCAGCAGGAGUGGGAGCGGCAGGAGCCGCGGCAGGAGCCCCGGCAGCUGCCGGGCAGCCGCGUCCAGUCGGGGGGACAGCCCUGCCCGGUGCGGGACUCGCAGCAGUACCACUAUCAAGCAAGCCAGCAGCUGCAGCGGGAUCGGGAGGCAGGGCCCGACAGCGACGGAGACGGCGGCAGGAAGCGGCGGAGAAGCGGGGCCACCCAUAGCAGCCGCAGCCGCAGCCGCAGCACGAGCGGCAGCCGGCGGGGCCGGCGGCGCCGCAGCGGCAGCCGCGAGGGCGGCCGCGGCCGCGGCAGCACCACCAGCAGCAGCAGCAGCAGCGCCGCCAGCAGCGGCAGGAGCGAGGGGGAGGAGCAGGCGCACCAGCAGUACGGCAGCGGGACCGCCAACGGGGCCACCAGUGACGCAGCUGCAGGCGGCGGCGGCGGUGGGAUGGAUGUGGCCACUGCCCUCACGAUUGUUGCUCAGCACUACAAGCACAGCAGGCGUGGUAAGGAGGGCAAGGCAAAGCGCGGGAAGAAAGACAAGGGCAGCAAGCGGAGACAGCACAAGAAGCAGAAGAAGCACAAACGGCACAAGCGGUGA